CACAACUUUAAACAACAAAAUUUCUACCUUUUACUUUGCCAAAUCAAAAUGAAUCAAUUAUGAGGCGAAGAGAGUAACAUUUUCAUUUUUAUCAUUUUAUAAAAACUCUUGCUCCGUGCAUCGCACGGGUGAAAAACUAGUUUUCACAAGCACAGAUUUCAACUUUUCUAAACAAGUAAUCCAUAAAUUACAUAAACUCCAUCACCACAAUUAAUGCUACUAGCUCAUCAACCCAAUACGUGAAAGCAUGAAUACUUACCCUAUGAGGGGAGUGAAUUAGGUGCACUCCUAUUUUAUUUGUGUUUUGUAAAUUUAUCAUCUAAGUCGUAGCAGAAAGAUAUGUUACUCAACCUCACUUACCAAGAAAUUGAUUAAAAAAAUGUAUAAACACUUGGUUGCACACUUUUUGUUAGAUUGGGAAGGUUCCAACCCUCUCUUUUACUCUUUCUUACCAAUUACCAGAUUGGUAAAAAAGAUAGUGAUUUACCAAAUUGGUAAAAAAAAAUAUCUCAAGUCAAAUUGGUAAAAAAAGAAGCACGAGUCAUAAAUUGGUCACUUUUUGGUGAGUGAAAUACUGUCAAAGACUAACCGAUCUUUUGAACAAUGCCCAAAGUUAAAGACUUUUGAGUUUUGAUGCAUAAAAAGGACAUUUCCAAUUUCCGUGCCAUAUCGUCUUUCCUGCUAGAAAACCUUUUGAUGCCCCAAAUUCCCGCAUCAGACAGACGACCUCACACAAAAAGCUAAUGCUGAAAUCUUGACUAUGCUUUCGAUGCCUAUUUCCUGGCAGCUUCUUUUUUUAUUCUUCUUCUUACGGUCUGGAAAGAUUCGAACAAGGAAAACGGAGGAGUUUCUACAGAAUGGAACAAUCUCUAUUUCCCACGCAAAUUUUCCCGGGAUUGAUGGUUCUGAUCACUUCAUUCGCAGUUAUUUGCUCGUGUUUGGAGGAUUAUAAUGCCAUUGUCCUAAAAGGCUGCUCACAGAAGAAACUAGAUGAUCGGAAUGAGAAUUUCUCCCGAACCCUCGACGGCCUCUCCAAAACCCUGUAUUCAAAGUCCUCAUCCGCGAAUUUCAGCAGAGCCACCGCCAGAGGCGGCGCCGUCUCCGGUCUCUUCCAGUGCAGAGGCGACCUCUCUCCCUCCGAUUGCAGCGUGUGCGUGGAGGAAUCCUCGAAACAGUACAAGAUGAUCUGCGGCGGCGACUCGGUUGCGGGCCGGAUCCAGCUGGUCGGGUGCUACAUCAGCUUCGAGGUGUCAUCCAAACAGAAAGUCGAUUCAACGCAUUUACUCCUCAAGGAGUGCGGGCUGAAAUCGGGUCGGGCCUCCUCUUCCGUUCUGGCCGCGGCGUUUAAGGAUAUGGCGAAGCAGGUUAAGGUGAGCGGGAAUCGGUUCUACUCUGGAAGCUUCGGCGGGGACGGAAAACAGGAUUCUGACUUCGUUGACGGGUCGUUGACUUUGAUGGGUCAAUGUGAAGGCGAUUUGGGGAGAAAUGAUUGUGCGGCGUGUUUGGACAAUGCAACGGCGCUGUCCAGAAGUCUCUGCGGUAAUGGCACUGAUUCGGCCAACAUAUAUCUCCAACGGUGCUUUAUGAGCUACAGUUUUGCCUUCUCCAAACGCAUCUUACCAGAUAAUUUUGAUAUAAACAAGAUAGUCAGCAUUAUAAUGACACCCAUUGUUAUUGUGGCUUUCGCAAUCGUGAUAUUCCUCUACAUAAAGUCAGCGCUAAAGACCGACCAUCAAAAAGCAAAGGUAUGAUAAUAAUGUGAUAAACCGUUUAUGUGAGUGCUGAUUUAGCUCUUUACCAAAAAAAGACGAAAAUGUCACAUUAAUGCUCAUAAUAAUGUUGUUACUUGGUUUUGUUUUGGGAAUUUAGGGCGUAUGGGGUUGAAUCAAUCUUGGAGAAGAUGGAGGUAUUGAAGAGAAAUCAGAAUGAAGACUGUAUAUGUGUGAUACUUUUUUCCCACUUUCAAACUGGUCAUUGCCGAAUUACUGUCUCUCUUUGUGUAAUUGUGUUCAUUUCAAGUUUUGGUCAAUAUUGUGCUUUCCAAACUAUCUCUCACUCCCAUUUAUUCAAAUUAAAAUGGAGAUAAAACAUGAUCCCCUUCCCGCAAA